AUGACACAGAUUGGUGGUGUGUUCAGCUUCCCCCUGCUGGAGGCUCACGAGGAGGCGCUGGAGCCACUUCUUCACCGCUCCACAGUCCUCACCGCUCCACAGUCCUCAUCGCUCCACAGUCCUCACCGCUCCACAGUCCUCACCGCUCCACAGUCCUCACCGCUCCACAGUCCUCACCGCUCCACAGUCCUCAUCGCUCCACAGUCCUCACCGCUCCACAGUCCUCAUCGCUCCACAGUCCUCAUCGCUCCAAGGUCCUCACCGCUCCACAGUCCUCACCGCUCCACAGUCCUCACCGCUCCACAGUCCUCAUCGCUCCACAGUCCUCAUCGCUCCACAGUCCUCAUCGCUCCAAGGUCCUCACCGCUCCAAGGUCCUCAUCGCUCCAAGGUCCUCACCGCUCCACAGUCCUCACCGCUGCACAGUCCUCAUCGCUCCAAGGUCCUCACCGCUCCGCAGUCCUCACCGCUCCGCAGUCCUCACCGCUCCACGGUCCUCAUCGCUCCAAGGUCCUCACCGCUCCACAGUCCUCACCGCUCCACAGUCCUCACCGCUCCACAAUCCUCAUCGCUCCAAGGUCCUCACCGCUCCGCAGUCCUCACCACUCCACAGUCCUCACCGCUCCGCAGUCCUCACCGCUCCACAGUCCUCACCGCUCCACAGUCCUCACCGCUCCACAGUCCUCAUCGCUCCAAGGUCCUCACCGCUCCGCAGUCCUCACCACUCCACAGUCCUCACCGCUCCGCAGUCCUCACCGCUCCACAGUCCUCACCGCUCCACAGUCCUCACCGCUCCACAGUCCUCAUCGCUCCACAGUCCUCAUCGCUCCACAGUCCUCAUCGCUCCAAGGUCCUCACCGCUCCAAGGUCCUCAUCGCUCCAAGGUCCUCACCGCUCCACAGUCCUCACCGCUGCACAGUCCUCAUCGCUCCAAGGUCCUCACCGCUCCGCAGUCCUCACCGCUCCGCAGUCCUCACCGCUCCACGGUCCUCAUCGCUCCAAGGUCCUCACCGCUCCACAGUCCUCACCGCUCCACAGUCCUCACCGCUCCACAAUCCUCAUCGCUCCAAGGUCCUCACCGCUCCGCAGUCCUCACCACUCCACAGUCCUCACCGCUCCGCAGUCCUCACCGCUCCACAGUCCUCACCGCUCCACAGUCCUCACCGCUCCACAGUCCUCAUCGCUCCAAGGUCCUCACCGCUCCGCAGUCCUCACCACUCCACAGUCCUCACCGCUCCGCAGUCCUCACCGCUCCACAGUCCUCACCGCUCCACAGUCCUCACCGCUCCACAGUCCUCAUUUCUAA